GAGGCGGCGGCGCUGUUACUGCCGGGCUCAGAGGUGCUGGUCACCCUGGAUCACAUCAUCGAGGAUGCGCUGGUGGUGUCGUUCCGGUUCGGGGAGAAGCUGUUCUCCGGGGUCCUCAUGGAUCUCUCCAAGAGGUAUGAUAUUCGAACUAUGCAGAACUGAAAUAGGGUUGGAAAACAGAGUAACAUCAGUGCUCUUGGUUUAGCUGGAUAAAGUGAAAUUCAACCCCAUAAGACAAAAAAUUAAAACAGCAAGUUGUUUCACACAUCAAGCAUGUAUACUGCAUACCCUUAAACAGUGUUGUAUUAGUAGCUUGUCUCCUCUCGAUGUUUCUAGAGCUAUCAUUAACAUUCUACUCUAACAAAGAAUGGGAAACUGCCUCUUCUCUUGCAUAGUUGAUAAGCCAUUUGAUACAGGCAUAGAUAGGAGAUGUUACUGUUUCAUUUACUUCAGUACUUCAUAGUAAUGCUUUUUCAGCUGUGGAUAGUGGAUAUACACACGCAAACACACAUAUAUAGUGGAUAGAUGGACAUACACAUACUGGAGAAAGAGGAUGGGGAAGAAAAGAACGGGCAUGUAAUUUUUAAUCUGGUUGGCAAAUUUGAAGCAUGUUGUAGUUUCAAAGUAAAGCACAAAACAUGCAGUAGCAAAGUGCAGCCUAGAAAGAUUUCAUUUUAGUUUUCUUAUUUUGUGCACUUAUUUGAAAAUGAAGUAGAAUAAACAUUAUGCUGGAUGUUAAUAUUUUGCUGUGUAAUGCACAACUACUUAUCAUGAAAGAAUCUUUUUUAAAUAGUGUUACAGAUAAAUUGCUGAUGCUAAGAGAAGUGGGUUGGUGCUUUUAUUUGCUAGGUGCCUGUUAAAUCUGGAAAUAGUUAAAAUAGAAUACAGCUUUGCAGUUCUAUACAGUUUUAUAAUAAAACAUGACCAAAGUUUAAUGUUUUCAUGAAGUGCAUGUUUACUUGCAAAUCAUUGAGGCAAUUGUAACAGACAUUGUUAUAGGGCAUCAUCUUACAAAGCUAAGAUAAAGACUUGCUUAUUGUGGUAGGUAAAGGCUCUUUGGAAUUUGAAGACUGCACCUAACACCAUGCGGUUUAUAAAAUGAUCUUAUCUUGUUUAAAUUCAUAGUAAAAAUGACUCCACACCACUUUAUAUUUCAAUAGUGAUGAUAUCAUUUAGAAUGAGUAGAUUUUAAUUACCUUUCCUUUUUUGUCCAUUGAGCUCAUUAGAAUAAUUUAAAAAAUAAUCUGUUGUAAGUAAACUUCUCUGGGUGGAAGUAAUAGCAAAGAAUGUUCAAAAUGUGUUAUAAUGAAAAGAUAAGCAAUUACUUUAUAGCUGGAGCUAUAAUAGAGUAUGCUUGGCACAGGCAGAACCAUGUGGCAUAUAUCUGUGAGGCUAAGAUUUUCUGAUUUAAUAUUUUCUGACUUGAGUAGAAGUUUAAGUUUUUCUUCUAAAAAUUAAGCUCUGUCAUUUUUAAGUUUACUCUGCAAUUUUCAUGCACUACUUGCCUCAAACUGAUAAGAAAUUUAUGUUGCCAAUUUUUGACAAUUGUACAGUUAAUUGAGACUGGAAUUUCAGUCACUAAGCAGUGUGGUUAUUAAAGAAGGCAUCACAUAACCAGACUUGGUUUUACAGCCAUUUUUACCCCUUGUUAAGCGAAUCAUUGUGGUAGUUAAUACUGGUAGUAUCAUACAGUUGUUCAGGCUUCCCCUAUUGACUUUGUUUGUCGAAAGCCAGCUGGGAAAGCCACAGGUGUUACUCAUGUGACUGCAAAAUGCUGCAACCAUCAUAAAUGCAAGCCGGCUGACAAACUUCCAAAUUGUAAUCACAUGCCUUCAGGGAUUGGUGCAAUAGUCACAAGUAGCUUUUUUUGGUGAUGUUGUAACUUUGACCCUUCAUUAAUCGGACGGUCAUAAAGCAAAGAGUAUCUGUAGAUACCAUCAGGGAUAUCUGGUAUAGAAUUUUUGCAUGCUAUUACCAUGAUGAUGAGGGCUAGUAUAAUCAAUGACUGCUAUAACACUGUCUUUUUGUCAAAGAUUUUUGCCCACUUUGCCUUCUACAUAUGGCUUAGUUCUCUUAAAUCAGCUUUGGAUGGAAAAUGCUUUCUGCAUUAUUCAAUCCAGCCUAACUAUGUAUGUCCACUCAAUUUUACAUAACGCUUAGUAACACUAUUAUAUAAGGAAUUUUUAUUUUCAGAUGUUUAAGUCUAGACGUCAGAUUUUAAUGGCACGGUAAACCUUCAAUUAAGAAGACAUUUCAUGCAGUAGACCAAGCUGUCUUGAUAUUGUAUGCUUCUGUACAUACAGAGAAUUCAAUUUACCAAUUUUUCACAUAUAUAUCAUUAUAAAUAUGCACGUAUACAAUCUCUUUUGAAUAUAACAGGCAUUCUCAUUUAACAUUCUCCCUCAUUCCAAGUUCUUUAUAUGGGUAACUAUUACAUAUAGUAGGGAAGUCCUACAGGCUUUUAAAACUGCAGAUCUAUAUAUCCUUUUUUCAGCCAUAACUUUUUUUGAGAUAUCCCAUCUAUUUUGAGCUAGUAUGCAUAUGAUUUAGCAUAUUAUGAAUGUAGCAAUUACAUAUACAUGUGGUUGCUAGCAUAACUCCAUAUUAUCUUCCUUGAAUUAUAUUACCUAGCAGGCCAAAGGUUAAAAUAAUUCAGGAUGGCUCUGAAUUAAAAAUGAAUCAAGAUUCCUUAAAUUUACUUUCUAGAACCUCUUGUAAGCUGGCAGUGGAGACUACUACUAAAGGUAAUCCUACCUCUUUCCCCAGUAGCCAGCUAUAUGUGAAGGAAGAAAGAGAGCGAAAAAGAAAAGAAUGUCAAAGAGAAACAGCCCUGCCUACCAUUUGCUUCAGCCCUCUUACUAUUGACAGAAGCCUUAACAUGCUUCUUUUCCAAAGGUGGCCCUUCAUAAAAAUAAAGGUGGCCAAAAUUUACUUUAGAAUAGGGGUCACCAACCUUUCGGACCUCAGGGACCACUAAAUUCAUAAUUUUAAAUCCCGCAGACCACUAAUAUGAUUUUUUAAAAAGAUAAAUAGUAUUUAGUGGAAUAUAAAUGCAAAUAAUUUUUCUGCGGACCACCAAAAUUUUGUCACGGACCACCAGUGGUCCAUAGACCACCAGUUGGUGACCACUGCUUUAGAACAUUGCCAGGGUCAUUGCCUGUCAUGUGACUUUUCAUGACUGAACGUGAACAAGAAUUAUCUGGCUAAGAUGAUACUCUAACAUGGUACCUGUCUGUCCAGAUAUUGCUGACCUUCACUUCUAGGAGUCCAGUUAAGAGGUUUUAUGAUAAGGAAUGCUGGGAGUAAUACUUUUCUGUCCCUGAGUUGCAAUUGGCUUGGUUUUUUUCUCUUGAGUGUUUACAAUUUUAUAUCACCAUUUUUUAAAGCAAUGAAUAUACAGAUUAUUACAGGAUUAUGCUAUAAAACUCUCAUACAAGGAAAUAAAUUUAAUAAAUAAAAUAAUAAUAAAAAAUAUGUAAGCAUCCUUUCUUUUUGUAGGACCUGAUGAGCACAGAUAAAGCUUAGAUUCACAAAAUAGAAUAUUGGGAAAGACAGUAGCAGAUGACCAGUCACAAAAUAUUCAUUUGCUAAGAGAAUUGCAUCAUUAUGAUGCUCUCUGCUACUCCAGAAAGCCUGCUCUGGGGCAGAGACGUAGCUACGAAUGAAAAAUACCAUGUUGGAGGCUAGCACUUUUCAAGUGAAAUAAAGUCUAUAGUGCGAAUGAAAGUAAAGCUUUUGUAGCCACAGGCAUCAAAGGACCAUUACGAUAAUAUUUGGCCUAAAGAAACAGAAUUGGGACAAAUAGUUAUUUUACCAGGUUUACUACAAGCCAUGAAACAGCAGCUAUUCUGCCAAUCCUAAAUAUGGCUGUAGGAAAGAAGCAGGGAAAGGCAUGUCUUGAAUUAUGACAGCAAUACAAAUAGAUGAAAGGGAGAAGGAGACCAGUUAGAGCCUGCUGGAAGGAAAAUUAUGUUUGCAUAUUUUUUUCACCUGUAUGUGUGUACAUAAAACUAAAAUGGCAAUCUAAACUAUUUGCCUUGAAUGCUAUGAAAGAAUCUUAAAUACUGGAAUUAAUAAUCAUACGUUGCUGCAUUGAAUUCUGCUGGAAAAUGUACAUUGGCAGCAGUUGGAGCUCACUGUUCACAAACUAUUGUACUAUAUAUUGGUCUAGAUCAGGGGUGUCAAACUCGCGGCAUCACAUCGUGUGACAUAUAGGGACUUUCCCCCCCUUCGCUAAACCAAGUUGUGGGCGUGGCCAGUAGUGACACAUCCGGGCCGGGAGUUUCACACUCUUGGUAUAGAUUUAAAAACCCAUAAGAUCUGGAAUGUCAUUUUCAGGUGUUAACUUCCCUAGCUCAGGAGUUCAUGAAAAUAAUUAAUAGCUAUAAUGCGCUUGAUAGAUGACAUCAUAGAAAAGCUGAGUGACAGUCUGAUGGACUUGAAAAGAGCUGAAGUAUAGAUGAAAUAUAGUCCAGUAUUAGAUUUCCUCACAAUUGUCAAGUGAGGAAAGGUGCAACAUCAAAUUAGAAGAUUGGUUAGAAAGCAGCUGGAUCUAAUCUAAUGCUAGGGUUAGGAUUAAUGCUAACUAGAAUAAUAGAUGCAGUAUGAAGCAUUAAGCCUCAAUUUCAGUACGAAAGUUAAAUAUACAUAUUCUUUUAAUUCUUGAAAAGUGCUUGGUAUUAUCUAGAUUAUGCUUAAGAGUUCAAUAUAUAUUUUUAAUUGGAUUAUAUUUCCCAUCAUCAUUGACUAUGCUGGAUUUGACUGAUAGAAGUCUAAAAUUUUUGGGAUGGGGAAACGUUUCCAGUAUUGGUUUUGAGAUGUUGCAAAUCAGCAGAACUUUCACAUGGGAAAAAAUGUAUGGCAGAUUCAGUAAGACUUUUUAAAGGAGUUACUAGUUAUGACUAGGCUGCCAAAAUAUUUGCAAUAUAAUAGGUAAGUUGAACACACGAUAAAAAAAUUGCUGAGACCCUAGAAAUAGUGCAUGCAGCGGCAACAAAGAUGAUAAGGGGUCUGGAGACCAAACCAUAUGAUGAAUGGCUAAGGAACUAGAUACGUUUAGCCUAUGAAGAGAAGGCUCAAGGGAGACAUGAUAGUGAUCUUCUGAUACUUUUGGACUGUCACAGAGAAGAAGGUGUCAGUUUAGUCUCCAUUACACCUGAGGGCAGAACAAGAAGCAAUGGGUGAAAGCUGGUCAGAGGGAGAUUCUGCCAGGAAAUAAGAAAUUUUCUGACAGUGAAAAUGAUUAAUCAGUGGAACAGCUUAGCUUCCUGACUUGUGGGUGCUCCAUCACUGGAGGUUUUCAAGAAAAGAUUGGACAAGCAUUUGUAAAGAUUCAUAGAGGAAAACAAUAAAUUUACAGAUGUAGUGUUUCCUAAUCAAAAAUGAGAUCUUAACUAGAGAAUUGCCUUUCUGUGAAAUCAUCUUAGGUGCAGAGGGAAGAUGCAAGAGAGAUUGUAAGGAGGACAAAUAUAUAUUCAGUCAUAAUGGCUAAUUGUUCUAAAUGAAAAGAAUAGCAGAAGAUCCAUGCUUAAAGUGAAACAUGGAUAGCACAACAAUAAAUAUUAAGUUUGGACCUCAUGGAAUUCCUGUGACUAUAUUUCCCAAGCGGGAGUACAAGGAUAAACCUGAAGCCAUGCAGCUCCAAAGUAAAUCAUUCCAAGAUGAGAUGCAAGUGAAAUGUGAAGCUAACGGUGUUGUCCCAGACUCUUCUCCCAUCCAGCCAUCAGAACAUAGCCUGGUAAAAAGCCUAUGGACAUCCAAACCGCCUCCCCUUUUCCAUGUGGGGGCACCAUAUCCCCCUCCUUUGUUUAUCAGGGACACGUAUAACCAAUCAAUACCUCAACCUCCACCUCGAAAAAUUAAGCGGCCCAAGCGAAAAUUGUACAGGGAGGAACCCACUUCUAUUAUGAAUGCUAUCAAAUUACGACCCAGACACGUCUUAUGUGACAAAUGUAAGAACAGUAUUGUUGCAGAAAAGAAAGAAAUUAAGAAGGGCAGCAAUGCAAGUGACUCCUCAAGGUGUGAGGAUACUAGGAAACGAAGAAAUGAGAGCGUAACUACUGUGAAUAAAAAAAUUAAAACUGAUCAUAAAGUUGAUGGGAAAAGUCAGAAUGAAAGCCAGAAAAAGAAUUCUGUGGUCAAAGUUUCAAAUAUUGUCCACAGCAGAAGUAGAGUAGUCAAAAUUCCCACUCAAGCAAAUACAUCAAAAACCCAACUGAAUACUAAAAAAGUUCUUCAGAGCAAAAACAUGGAUCAUGCAAAAGCUAGGGAAGUUUUGAAAAUAGCCAAAGAAAAGGCACAAAAGAAACAGAGUGCAACUUCAACUUCCAAAAAUGCACAUUCAAAGGUCCACUUCACCCGGCGUCUUCAGAAUACCAGCUCAGGUUCCCUUCCUCCCCGAUUGCGUUUGAAGCCACAAAGGUACAGAAAUGAAGAAAAUGACUCCUCUCUCAAGACAGGGCUGGAGAAAUUGCAGAGUGGCAAGAUGGCAGCUAAGCCCCAGUCUCGCUGCUCGUCUACCCGCUCAGCAGGUGAGGCACCUUCAGAAAAUGAGAGCCCCUCAGAAAGUCCUGAAGAGGCCAACAGUGAGGUUCAGGACACCAGUGAAGUGCAUGUACCUGUUGAACAGGAUGAACAGCAAACCAUGGGCAAGAGAGGCAGCAAAAGCAAUAUUACAGUUUACAUGACCCUUAAUAAAAAGAAAUCUGACUCUUCCAGUGCAUCAGUCUGUAGUAGUGAUAGCACAGAUGACUUGAAGUCCUCCAAUUCUGAGUGUAGCACUACUGAAAGCUUUGAUUUUCCUCCAGGCAGCAUGCAUGCACCUUCCUCCUCCUCCUCCUCCUCCUCCUCCUCCUCUUUAAAGGAAGAGAAAAAGCUCAGUAAUUCUUUGAAAGUUUUUUCAAAAAAUGUCUCUAAAUGUGUCACACCAGAUGGCAGGACCAUAUGUGUAGGAGACAUUGUUUGGGCCAAGAUAUAUGGCUUCCCAUGGUGGCCAGCCCGUAUUCUUACUAUAACUGUGAGCCGAAAAGAUAAUGGCCUAUUAGUCCGACAGGAAGCUCGUAUUUCAUGGUUUGGGUCCCCAACAACAUCUUUUCUUGCUCUUUCACAGCUCUCCCCUUUUUUAGAAAACUUUCAGUCGCGAUUUAAUAAGAAGAGAAAAGGUCUUUACCGCAAGGCCAUUACAGAAGCAGCCAAGGCUGCUAAGCAGCUAACUCCUGAAGUUCGGGCCCUGCUGACACAGUUUGAAACAUGAACAAAGUAAGGUAGGCAAGAAAUGGGGAGGCACCACAAAAUGUCUAACCUAGUUAACUAUUUUGAAGGAGUUGGGCCAAUUAGGUAAAAAAAAAAUGCACUCAGUUGGCUGCUUUUUAUACUGAAAUUUCCAUUUGUAGCAAUGACUUGACUGAAAGUUAACCUUUAAAAAAUUGUACAUGCAAUCAGAUUAACUUAAAGCGAGAGCUCAGUAUUUUUCAAGAGAACUCUUUACGUUUCUUUGUAAAAGUUAAGAAGUUCCUUUGCUCACCCCAUGCAUAGGAGCCAUAACCUCAGCUGAAGAGCAGUUUAUUUGCAGGGAAUUUUUACUAGUUUCUAUCCACUAUAUAUAUACCAUUUCAAUGUGGAAAGGGGAGAAGGGAGGGGAGGGAAAUCAAUCUAAGUGAUAGGAUUUGCAGGCCUAACUGGACAGCCCACCUUAAAUGCAGAAUCCUGAGUUCUAUCUCAUUUGUAAGCUUCAUUUCUGUGAUUUUACCCAGUGGAAGUGAGCCCAAAGAGUUCACCUAUGCCUAAAAAUGCUUUUGUUCCUGCUGGCCACUUUAAUUCCUUUAGAAACCAGUCUAAUUGGAAUUCUGGUAGACUUGAUCAUUAAUAAAUAAGUUUGUGGUCACUUUUUUUCAAAUGCUUUUUUUCAAAAUUAUUCUAUGCACCCAUGGAAUAAACAUACACUCUUCAGGUUUUGGCAAGUUUAAGAGAAAGUUGGUUGCUCACAUUAGACUGGACAGUCCUUCCAUGUAUGGGAUCAAGGACUGUUAAUGCUGCAUUAAGUGUGAAUUACAUAAUAUCCUGUUGGGGAAGGGAGGGUGCUCCUAGCACAUUUGUUCUAAGGGUUAGCUUGAGAAUUUUGUGUUGUGUAAAUAAUUAGUCAGAUUUUUUUUCCUGACUAUUUGUUCUUAAAUCCUUAGGAUACGUCCUAGUAAAUUACACUUUGUGAAUUGUCAGAUGUGUAAUUGUUGCAUUUGGAUGUAUCAAACUGCAUAUUUUUUUUAAGUAUUUCCAUUUAAGGUAUCUGUUUGCAGGUCAGAAAAUAUGGAAAAUGUAAUUGUGUAAUGCUCUGAAAUGUACAAAAAUGUAAAUAAAAUUGACUAAAUCUAAUUAUUUGUGUGUGUUUAUCAAAAAGCCUUGAAAGAAAACUCAGGAAGUGAGGCUGGUCUGUUUAUGCAAUGCUUAGGAGACAUUCUGAAGGAAAUCAUUUUUUCUUGCUCAUCAUUAACUAAACUGGCUUCAUUAGCUGCUUAUAAAAUAAUGGUGUUCAAAUUAACAAAAUUUCUAUUUUUUUAUAAAUUCAAUUGUUUUUUCCCAAAUGUUUAUCAGUAAUUCUGUAAGAAGUACCUUCCUAUAUUUCUAACCUGUGUUACUGAAUGUUUUCUUGCUGUUAAAUAUUCUGCUUGUCUCAUGCUCUGCACUGGGCAGUGAAAUGGAGUUAAUUCAGUUAGAUAGCAUGCGCAAUAGAUUCUACUACUUUGCAUUUAACUGUUAUUAGGGGGCUUAACUUUAUUGCCCUGAAAUUUAUACCCGAGUUCUAUGAGUAGAUACUUUCUAGGAAAAAAGAGUGUUAAACAAAAAUCAGGCCAGCAUAUGGAGUCCAAAGAAAUAAUGACUAAAGGCUCUGUUGUGACUGAUGCUAAGGUAUGUCUCAUGUUAUAAUAGAAUGUUAACUCAAUUUUUCCAAAAUACUUACGCUUUAAACUGUUUAGCUAUUUUAGAAAUAUGCUUUAGAAAGUCUCUCUGCUUUCCUGAGGUACUCCAUUUGACAAUGCUCACAAUCAAUUGUAAAUUUCCAAAUCUAUUAAGAAAUGAACUUGUAUUCAGUCAGCCAAUGCUUUUUGAAAUCAGAAAACACACAAAAUGGCAUGCAGUCCUAUUUCAGUCUUAUACCGUGUAUUCUCUUUCCUGCAAACAGAAACCAAUGUAGUAGUUCAACGAGCAAAACAUGCUAUGUCUUUUUUUAAAGGCAGGCUGUGCUCAGGAUUUUAAAAAAUACACUGUUUAGCAUAAACCUGAAAAUGUAGGUUGGCUUAGGGUUGCUGUGGACAAAGUUUGUUCUAAAUUUGUAAUGGGUGGACUAGCUCUCCAGACAUGAUCAAGUUGAACAGUCAUACUAGCUUAUGGCUCUUAAUAGAUGCUUGCUCCUUCUGCCUUAGAAUCCUAUUUCCAAACCAGAUGUUCUAAUAGAUUCAGAAAUUAAUUUAAACUGAAUGCAUAUUUUUUUUCCAGGCCAAGGAAUGGCCUAGAAGGGAGUCCUUUGAAUGCAUUCCUAAGAAUUGUCCUGUGGCCAAGAUAAAAUUUGACUUCAUUAUUAUUGAAAUUUAAUGAAAGAUAAUGAAUAUGGUUAUUCCCUAAUCGGGUAUUUAAUCUUUAUUUUUGCCACAUAAAAAAAUAAUGCUAUAAGUUUUUGGAUCAUUCCAAGGCCCACAGGAGCCAUAUGUAGCUCUAGGUUGUGUAUCUAUGCUACGGAAUUGAAAUGUCGGAGAAUUCUUAGUCUGGAAGGAAAUACACAACUUUACCAUUACCAAGCAGGAAUUUAUUCUUAUUUUCAAUAUUCUUUUCUCAUGUAUCUUGCUACUUCAUAGACAGGUGCCUUUUAAAAAGUUUGUUCUAAAUAUGUUUGAAUUUUUAAUGACAUUAUGAGGUCUUUGGCCAUUGCUUCAUGUUGUUUUAUGUCCUAUGAAAAAGUCUUUAUUUAUGUGGUUAUCUUUUUAAAAUCAUGUAGAAGUCAUGCAGUAUGUAUGUAACAGUAUUACUAUUCAUUGCAAGGCAUCAGGCUGAUGGAUGUGGUUUAUUCUGGCUUUUUUGGAGGGAGAAGCAACUGUUGAAGCACCAAAUGAAAUAAACACUUGUUUGGAAUUCCAUUCUUUUGAGGAGAAGUGCCUCUCUCAUGCAGGAGUUAAGAGAGCAUAAUUUGGAUUUCUAUCAGCUACAGUUUUGUGGCUCCCAAAUUUGGGGCUAAACUCUCCUAUCCCAAUGUGCUUUUCAGAGACUGAAGAAGCUACAGAGACUGUAACACAUACACAAUUUUUAUGGGCAGGUUCUUUGUAUACCAAUUCAGAUAAGGUACAAAUUGACUACAUCUUUUGAUUUAAGCUUGGUAUUAGGGACUACUACAGUUUCUUGUAGUUUGCUUAGUGUAUUUGCCAAAUUGUUUUAAGGCAAUUUCUUGUGCUAUUUCAGCAAUUUCUUUAAUGGAAGAAAUAGUGACAAUGGUCUUGCAUCUGUAUGACUGAGGUGAAAUUGUAAUUAAUACAUACAUUAAACUCUAUUUCAUCUUACUAUGAGAACAUGAUCCUAUACGAGUUGUAUGUUCAUAUUUUAGUGGAAAUUAGUUGUUUACAUUUGCUGCAUUGGUUUGCUGAAUUACAACUUCCUUAGGUAGGGCUGUCAGCAUAUUAAAGAGAAACUUUUCCUGCAGCUUGUAAUUGAUCUCCCAUAUUUUCAGUCUGCAUAGCUAUAGUAAUUAUAAUGAAAGCUACAAUAGCUCACCAAAGCAAAACCAACAAAGAAUCUACUCUUAAACUAUUGCUCAUUACAUCUCAUUUUUAAAGUUGAUUAUGUCCUCCUGUGAAAGCCCAUUCUCCAGGUACAAUAAUCCUCCCCCUUGAUUUCAUCCCCACAAUAAUCAUAUGGAUAGGUGAGACUCAGUAGGUUACCCACUAAGUUCCAUUGUAAAUAAAACUAUAAAUGUGUACAAUUAUAAAUUUUAUACCUAUUUUUAUAUUCUUUGUGUGUGUACACAUAUAUACAUAACAUAUAUUCGUAUGUAUUUUUUUUCACAUAUGUCUUUUAUAUCCUGAUGUAUUAUAUAUAUUCAAGUGGAGAUUUAAGUCCGGUUUUCUCUAGACCAAGUCUCGUAUCUUCCUUCUUCGCUGCUUAUCUCUUAAUUGUUUCAAUAGACCAUGUUUAAGCCAAGAUAAAAAAAAGCAUAGGGUAUAUCUUAGCUCCAAGAAAUCUUAACAUCUCACACAUCUUGGCAUUUUUCAAAUUCAGUGCAAUUCCUCUCAGAUGUUGUUUACCUAAUCUACUGCCUAAUGAGCAAUCUUUAGAGUAAAAGUAACAUUAGUACAUAGAAUGUGUGAACAUGCCUUUGGAUUAUGACCUUGAUAAUUUAGCCAUAGAAAUUUUUUAAUCAGGAUUGUGUUAGCAUGUUUAUUUUAACAAGCUCUUACUGAAUAUUAAUCUUCUCAGUAAAUGAGUCUCAUGGGAGCCUGGUGAUGGGUCAAAAGUGUACUUGGGAAAGGUCAAGCAGUUAAAAUAAUACACUAAUUUAAUGAAAUGAGAAAUCUAGUUCCUCCUGGAAAAAGAAGUGAUAAAUAGUCCAGAGCCUGUAUCUAGAUGAGCUGAAAGUGAAUGAAAAGGCACUUCUGUACAAGCAAGAUAGUAUAAUAAUAUAUGAAAAGUAAUGGAAUUACUCCAGUAACUUGGAAUGAGUUCAUAUAUAAAUGUUCCACCCAUGCCUUAGUCCUGCUACAAAAAGUAAAUCAACACUAGAUUGAACUAAAAUUGAGUACAACAAAGUGCAAGAUUUGAAUUUAUAAUGCAAAAGCACAAAUAUCUCUUGAGUUAGGCAAGCCAAUAAUUCACUUUGCCAAUGAUCUCUAUAGGAGGGAUGUUCUAUGUUCUUUAAUGUUCAAAAAGCUUUGCCAUCAAUCCAGCAAGAACAAAAUGUAUGCCUUACUGAAGCAUAUAUGGUAGUAUGCCUCAUAAUUGUGUGCAUUUUGAACUUGGUAUUUAUAUGUGCCCACAUACACAAGCUCAGUUCAAGCCUGGUGUUAAUCAAUUUUGUUAUCAAGGAUGGAUUUAAAAUUUUCAUUAGACAAAUGUAUAAAAGAUAAGCUACCCUUUAAUCAUCAAGAUCAAAAAUGUCUGAAAACAAGCAGUGAGGAACAGGAAUGUGCUCUUGCCAGAUACAUCUGGCUUGUAGAUUUUGCAUAGCUAUACGGUUGGGCAGUUUGAGUAGAGAACACUUGAUAAACUAAGUCUUUGGUCUGAUUCAACAUGGCUCCUCUUAUGCUAUUAAGCCACAGGGCUAUAAAGAUGUUUUUCAUUCUUAAUGGUUGGAGCAACCAAAGAUAAGGUCAAAUCAACUGUAAUCUUGUAUUAUUCUUUCUCGUGCAUCUGUCACGUGGGCUUCCUUGUUGCUAGCCAAAGAAUUACUGAUUUUUACAUAAAUAUUUAAGUGAUGAAUUGAAUAUCAGUGAAUCAAAUUAAGGGCAGAUGAUAAUGUAAGACUACUCAAACCAGAGAGGCUGAAAAAUUGGAUGAUAGUUAUAGAGGGAUUAGACAUCUUAAAUCAUAUUUCCUUGCCGUUUCUUCCAUUAAAUAGAACUGAUGCACUGGAGGCAUCUUCAAUAUCAUUUGCUAUCGUGUUUCCCUGAAAAUAAGACCCUGUCUUACAUCUUUUUUAACUCCGAAAUAAGCCCUUGGCCUUAUUUUUGGGGGUCUUAUUAUUUUGGGGCGCAUGUAGCAAGAUGGGGCUCCUCUUACUGUCUUACCCAAUUUCCAGCUCUGUCUCCCUAACCCUAACCAGAGGAAAUGGGGACCAGCUGCACAUGCAGUUAAAUAUUUUCAGGGAGGGCUUAUUUUGGGGGGAGGGCUUAUUUUAGUGCAUGAGCUCCAAAGCCCGAUUGGGCUUAUUAUCCAGGGAGGUCUUAUUUGUGGGAAAACAUGUACUACUUACUGAAAUCUAGCCUGUCAAGGUUUUUCUUUUUUGGUACUGUAUGGUUUUCUAAUGUUCUGAGUUGCAGUUAUGACUUUCCUCAUUUCCAAUAGCUUCAUUGUUCAAAAUCCGUUUGAGGAUAACAGUUCCUAACAGUACUGUCUAAAAUUUGGACAUUUUGGGUUUUCAGAAUAGAAGCAUCUUUGUGGUUAAUUAUUCCUUAGCUGGCCUACAUUCAUCAUGGACAGGAUCUGGAGUCCUUAAGAGUGGAACAAAUAUAAUUGCUGCUGUUCUCACUUAGAGCACUGUGAAGUGGUACUGUGAUAAAGAACUUCUAGAAUAUAAUGCCUCUGUCCUUGGACAUAGUACAGUGUAUUAUUACCUGCAGUGCUAAUGCCAGUUUCUCUUGAAAGCUAAAACUCUUGACAGACUGUUUUAUACGGACUCCUUUUCCUCCCCCCCACCACCCCUGCAUUUAUCCUUCCUUGUUUCCGGUAUCAUUUUAGAUUAAGACACCAGUAUCUAUGUAUCUAACAUAGUAUAUUAGGGAGUCUAUUAUUUGAGUCCAAGAUACAGAAACAUAUUGACAUUAGAUUUCUAUUGUUAGGGUUUCCUGAUUUUGCAUAUGAGUUUAGGAUUGCUCAUACCAAUGCAGGUAUUAAAUAUCCUGGCUAACCUUACAAAUAAAUUCUGGCACAAAUUAUUUUAAAGCAAACAAUAGUAUGGAUAAGGGUCUGGCAGAUUUCAUCCUGCUGAAGUGGACAUACUUGCUUUUAAUUUAUGAAUAACACUUUUUGGGACAAAUUACAUUUUAGAAGAACUAGAAGAUGCUAGACAUCAGAAUAAUUUUCCCACUUUUUCCAUAUAUUUUAUCUUUUUUUCUAAAAGUUUCAUAUAUUAUAAAAAAUACAUUUCAGUGCUUUUUUGAUCUUUUCACCUUUUCUACAAUAUAAUUUCCAGCAGAAUUUUUCAACUUCAUGGCAGUCAACACAUUCCCUUAGGUCACAUGGAUUCCACCCAAAUAUGCAUUACUUCACUUUUUUAUAAGGACUUUUCCUCCAAUUAAGAUAAAUUCUUUUGAGACUUUUAAUCAUUUCAUCACUUAAAAAGCAUUAAGCUCCAAGCUGAACAUUGUGCUCUGGCCUUCAAGCUUUGGUUGUCAAUCCAAGUUAUUUUUUCAAGUCAUCUCUAAAUACCCAGAUGGGGAGAACGCCACAUGCAUUAUGUUACAUAUAUUAUACAAAUUAUACAAUCUGCCUCCUUGGCAUUAUAGUAUAACAUACAUCUCUGUAAUUUGGACCUGAUGCUAUGUCAUGAUGACUAUAAUCUUAUAGUCUAAAUUAUGAUUCAAACAUGGAUUAGAGACUUUGUUAAAGUAUUUUGUGACUAGCCAUAUUCACCAUAGCUGUCAUUUGAUGGAUAAGCAAGUCUGCAUAUGGCUAUUUUGAGUGUGUGCCUAACACAUAAUCUCAAAUUCAAGUGUGCUCCCCCACGUACAGACAUAAGUGGCAUAUUCCUGGCCUAACCAUACAUUUACCAUCUCUCUCUCUCCUUAGUUGUAAGAUGGUAGUGGAAUAAAACUUAACUUUUCUCUAAACGUUGAUUUUUCUUCUGCAAGACUUGUUUCUCAGACUAGAUAUUAACCCAAUUUAUCUGUAAUUUCCUAGCAUUAUAACAUUUCCCCAUUAGUUUUAAUACAAAGAUAAAUCUAGGAUACCACCACCUAUUUUUAUUGCUCAAAUUGCUUUCCUAAAAAUUGCAGUUUUGAUAUGAGUAUUUAGAAGACUAAUUCUAUAGUGAACUACCAUGAAUAUUAAGCUUUUCUUCAAUUGCCUUCUCUUUUAAUAUGCUUUUAAUGCCCUUGGUGUUAAAUAGUCCACUUACCUUACUUAUUUUCCUCUAUAUUUUUUCUUUGAUUGCCCAUUUUAAUAUAUAUUUAAUAUAAAUAUAAGGCUUUAUAAGUUAUAAAGCCUUCAAAAUCAAUAUGUUAUAAAAAUACUUUUCUUGACUUCUGAUUUAAAUACAAUUUUAACUAUUUUUUACAAACCCAAUUAACUUUUAUCGUAUCAUUGAUGGUAUGCCUCAGAAAUGAGACUACUGGAUAUUUUAAACGUGCUGUAUGUUAGGUUAACUAUAUUAUGAAAUCCCUAGAAGAUCUUCAAAGUACUCACCUCCAUUUUCCUAUGGAAUCCACAGUCAUAGGGAAUUAUUUUAUAAAGGUUACAAAAUAGAGAAAAAAUGCUGAUUACACAUUGUGUUAGCUUUCAAAUUGAGUUUAAAUAUCUACAAUAUUGUUUCAGUGGAAUAAGUUCAUAUCCAUUUUUUUUAAAAAAAACAAACCUGUUCUAUAAUAGUAAGAACGUGUGGAAAUAAGCUUGCACUAUAAACUCAUAUUUUUC